GUUUAGCGCAUGCCAGCUAAGUGAAUGACACAAGUGUGUUCAUAUAAAAUGCUACGGAGUUACGUUACGUACAGCUAUUACCCCAACACAAAGUACACUCUCGAACCCAAAUAAAAAAAAAUUAACAUCAACUUUAUACAACUUUUAAUUAGUAUAAUUUUCCUUUUCUUCUUUCUCUCUCAAAUCUCAAUCCCAAAAACCAAUUAAAAUCAAUCUUCAAAUGUAGAACAACAUUUCCAAACUUUGUUUUUAUGCGCGAUUUCUUUCAUUUCAGAUUCGUUUUUAUUAUAGCUGUCGUCGUCGUCGUAGUUGAUUGAUUUCGGUUAACCCGAACCCGAACCCGAAUGGAAUCGAAUCCAAUGUCUUCUUCUUCUUCCUCUCCUUUCACUCCGCAGUUAAUCGGUGUUUCUAGGUUGAGAUCUUCUUCCGUUAAGAAGUUGCCGGAACCCUUACGCCGUUCCGUCGCUGACUGCCUCUCUUCACCUCUCGCUUCCGCCACCGAACCUUCCAGAAUUCUUCGGGACUAUCUGAAAGGCCCUACAACCACAGACAUGGCUUAUAGUGCAAUUCUGGAACAUACUAUUGCGGAGAGGGAGCGCAGUCCUGCAGUAGUUGCAAGGUGUGUGGCACUAUUAAAGCGGUAUCUUCUAAGAUACAAACCGAGCGAAGAGACAUUACUUCAGAUAGAUCGUUUUUGUUCAGCUGUAAUUGCUGAAUGUGUUAUUAACCCAAAUCAGCCAUGGUCACAAUCUCUGAAUCGACAAUCUGGUGCAUCCACAACUCCAUCUCCUUUACUUGUAUCUAGUGUUGCUUCUGAGGCACAUGUGAAGUCACUGAGUUAUGUGCGUUCCCUAGUGGCCCGACACAUUCCCAAACGGCUUUUUCAACCAGCUUCAUUUAUUGGACCAUCUUCAUCGGGAAAAUCACUGCCGACAUUGUCAUCUUUGCUAAGUAAAUCUUUCAAUUCCCAACGUAGUCCUUCUAUUGUUUCAGAAAAGGCAAGUCCCGUAAGCGUUACAGAAACAUUAGAGAAAGACUCAACCGUGCUAUCUGUCUCAAAGUCAUUAAAACGUGAAAACAUUGAUGAAAAGGAUGACCUAGGGUUCAUUGCGCACGAUGUUCUGAAAUGGCGCUGGCUCGAGCAACCUCAAUUGUCAUCGGUGGGGACUGAAAGUGAUCGUGGUCAUUAUAUGACAUCACAUAGUAGUUUCUUAGAAGUAGGUGCAGCAGCUUUACUCGUAGGAGACAUCGAAUCUAAGAUGAAGGGGAAACCUUGGAAAUUUUUUGGAACUGAUGAUAUGCCUUACCUGGAUCAGCUGUUGCAGUCUUCUCCUGUAACACCAAUUACAAAUUCUGUCUCUGCUCGUUGCCACCUAAGAGCAAUAACAGCAUCGAAACGCAAAAAAGCAGACUCUCGUCAGAUAUGGGAGGAUUAUCCCGUGAUUACAUUUCGUCCCCGAGCUCGACAGCUUUUCCAGUACCGUCAUUACAGUGAGCAACAGCCUCUACGAUUAAACCCUGCCGAGGUACAAGAAGUUAUUGCUGCAGUUUGCUCUGAGGCUUCUUCUCCAAGCACCAAUGUUAUGACAGUGUCAACUAGACUAGGCAAUAACAGUGGAAAACCAUCGACAGAUGUGGCUGUUAGCGUCCUUAUUAAACUAGUUAUUGACAUGUAUGUUUUAGAUUCUCAGACAGCUGCUCCUCUCAUUCUUUCUAUGCUUGAGGAGAUUCUUAGUUCUUCUGAAACAGCUUGCAGGAUCCGCGCUUUCGAUUUGAUUCUAAAUCUAGGGGUUCAUUCUCAUCUCCUAGAACCGAUGAUUGUUGAUGAUGCUAUAAUUGAAGAAGAAUAUUCUCCAGAAUCCUACUUUGACAGCAACGAUCGAGUUAUGAUGCAAGGAAGCAUGGAAGGAAAUUCUCCAAACAAAUCAGACACAGUCUCUGCCAUUGAUAAUUUUGAGCCGUGGAUUAUAAAUAUUCUGUAUGAAAUACUGCUUCUACUUGUUCAGACAGAAGAAAAGGAGGAAUCUGUUUGGGCAUCUGCACUCAGCUGUUUGCUUUAUUUUGUCUGUGAUAGAGGAAAGAUCAGGAGAAAUCGUUUACAAGGACUCGACAUAAGGGUUCUGAAGGAACUUAUAAGAACCAGCAGGGAGAACUCCUGGGCAGAGUUAGUUCAUUGCAAGCUGAUUUCUAUGUUAACCAACAUGUUUUAUGAAGUUCCUGAUGAAGUUACAGAGCCUGUCUCUAGAAAACCAAAAUUUCUCGUGGAUCAACUUGAUCUGAUUGGAGGACUUCAAUUCAUUUUCAUCGAGUAUUCCCUUGCAAACUCAAGAGAUGAAAGGAAAAAUCUGUAUUCGGUGCUUUUUGAGUACAUUCUGCAUCAAAUAAAUGAAACAUGUAUAGCUACAGGAGUAAACGAAUACAGUGAUGAUGAGAUCCAACCUAUUGCUUCUCUACUUGCUCAAGCAAAUGCGGCCGAGGCAUUUUAUAUUUCUGUCAAACUUGGGGUAGAAUGCAUUGGGGAGAUUUUGAGAAGAUCAAUUGCAUCUACUUUGUCCAGAUAUCCUAACAGUGAACGGCUAAAUGAGCUACUGGAAAUUGUAGCAGAGAAGUUUGACACUGUAAUAAGUUCAUUCACUCAUUUGGACAAAGAAUUCUGUCAUAUGAUUGAGAUAACAAAAUCUCACAAGUUUUCUGAAAAUAUGGAUGGUGCGGCUCUGCAAAAUGGCAUUGAUUUGCAGGCAAAACAUUCAUGGGUCACUUUACAUUCCCUUCUUCAUUCUGAAAGAAUUUCGUACCGUCAAAAUGGGUAUAUCUGGUUAGGUGAUUUGCUUAUUGCUGAAAUUAGUGAGGAAAGAGAUGGAAAUAUAUGGUCAAGUAUCAAAUACUUCCAGCAUAAAAUCGCUCAAGCUGGAACUCAAGAUUCUUUGGAUACAUCAAAUAUCCCUUUGUCCAUUUUACUUAUGUGUGGCCUUCUAAAGUCCAAAUACAACUAUAUUAGAUGGGGAUUUUUGUUUGUUCUUGAAAGGCUUCUUAUGAGAUGCAAAUUUUUGCUAGAUGAGCAUGAAAUGUUGCUAUCAAACAGCAAAGUUCUGGAGUAUGGGAAGAAAGAUUGGCAUCUUGAGAAAGCCAAUGCAGUCAUCGACAUUAUGAGCAGUGCUUUGUCUUUGGUGUUUCAGAUAAAUGAAACAGACCAUAUCAAUAUUCUGAAGAUGUGUGACAUACUAUUCUCUCAAUUGUGCCUAAGAGUUCCUCCUGCUACAGCUCCAUCAUUUGGUGAUGAUGUGCAACAUGACAGAAAUUUAAAUCUCACUGGUGCAAACAAAAAAUCUGACAUUGAUAAUCAUGUCCUCAAACAAGAUAGUUUCCACUGGGAUGAACGAAAGGAAGAAUCUAAUAGAAAAUCUGGCUACCCUAUUAACUACCAUCCAGAUCACGAGACUGCAUCAAUGGCUGCUCUUCUCCAAGGACGAGCUAUAGUCCCCAUGCAAUUGAUUGCACGUGUUCCUGCUGCCUUACUAUAUUGGCCACUCAUUCAAUUGGCAGGAGCAGCAACAGAUGAUAUUGCUUUAGGAGUUGCUGUUGGAAGUAAAGGAAGAGGAAACCUGCCUGGUGCAACAUCAGAUAUUCGGGCCAUACUUAUCUUACUUCUUAUUGGUAAAUGCUCAGCAGAUCCUGUUGCUUUCCAGGAAGUAGGCCAGGAACAAUUUUUCAGGGAACUUUUGGAUGACACAGAUUCAAGAGUGGCAUAUUAUUCUUCUGCGUUUCUUCUGAAGCGAAUGAUGACGGAGAAGCCAGAGAAAUAUCAAAACAUGCUUCAGAAUCUUGUUGUUAAAGCUCAACAGAGUAACAAUGAAAAGCUCUUGGAAAAUCCAUACCUUCAAAUGCGUGGCAUAAUUCAACUGGCAAAUGAUCUUGGAUUUGACUUGUGAUCUUCAUGGUAUGACUUUUUGGAGUUGGAGGUGUGUUGGUUUGACAAAUUGUCGCCAUUGAUUCUCAAGAAAGAUCUUCCAUCAUUCAAUUGGCUUAGAUUUCAAAAUUGUGAUUUAAUUUUUAACAUGUCCGAGGAGGGUUUAAGUUGGCCAGAGAAUGAGAGUCGGUGGAAUCAGGCUGCUUAUAUUAUUGAUUGAUUAUUCCAAGAAGUAAUUGACAGAACUCAACAUGCUGCAUGCCCUCAAUUCCUGUUGAUCUCUUAAGUGAUAUUACUCUUUUGGAGAGCCAUGCUUUAUCUGCCAUCAUGCCUUCAUCUUCCCUGUGUAUAACUGAGAGAAGGCAGGAUUCUGUUAAGGAAUAAUUUUGAAUGCACCUGAUUUUGACCCAGCUACUGAUUGUUGCUGAGCUAGGCCUGCAUUCAGUUGCUGGCUGGUGUGCAUUAUAUUCCAAGGAAACUGUGUGCAGAACUUCAUAAGAUUCUUUCUUUUGUACAGGAUUAGAUUAGAUUCCCAACUGGCCUUCAGUUUUUCAUUUAUGAAGGCUACCUCUAUGCUUGCUUAUUUUUACUUGGCAUACAGGAUCUUUCAUGGGAAAAGAUAGAACUCAGUUUAUUUAAGUUGUUAAUAUAUUAAUAUAAAUAUCACAGGUCACACAAGGAGAUCCUUUUCAUAAGGGGUAUCAUGGGAUGUCUACUUUUAGAUGCAUCCCUAGCUGCUCUCCUUGUUUUCUGUGAAUGUGUGAUUUUAUGUUUUCUUUUCCUUUAUGAUUGAUUCCAUUUUUGCGAAAAUUGUAACAUGUAGUGAGAAAUUACUAUGUACAUUAUUAUCUAUACAUGGUUUUGUCAAAAGAACUUGUCAUCAAAGUCUUUAUCAACAAACCUGCAAGUUGCACUUCUAUACUGCAAUAUGACAGAUUCCGUUUAUCAUUA